AUGGCAAAGACAUCGCUAGACUCGCCGCCGCCGGGGGAUUCGCUCUCUGCGGACCCUCACGACACGGACCCUGCUCUCCUCCGGCAGCACUCGCACUUGAAGUCUUACAAGACGAGCCGGUUUGAGUAUCCCGAGAUCCGCGUCUUCUAUCGCCAGCAUGUCAAGGCCGACCAGCUGCCCAAGAAACCGGCGCCGCUGCCCUUGUUGGUGUGCAUUCCAGGGCUGGGAGGCUCUGUCGCGCAGUUCUACCCGCUACUGAGAAGCUUGAUUGAUCUGGCGCCGUGUCUGGCCAUCGACUGGCCUGGUGGUGGGAGAUCCAAGUUUGCGCCUACGCAAUGGGAGGCGUACACUUCGGAGGCGCUGAUGGAACUGUUGGAGGUUGUCAUUGAGGACCAUCGCGACAAGGAACAUGAUCAGGGCGUAGUGUUGAUCGCGCACAGCAUGGGAACUGCGCUAUCGGCUGGCUUGGCGAACAAGAAGCUCCCGCACAAGACGCCUCUUGCCAAGCACAUUGUCGGCCUGGUAGCGAUUUGUCCCGUAUCUGGACCGAUGGAGGAAGCAAAAGCGACGAUGAUCAAGAGGCUUUUCUGGAUCCCCGGCUGGAUCUUUGCCCUGUGGCGUGCGUGGGAUGCCAGGGGAGGACUCAACAGCACCAGCGUCUCGCGCUUUGUGGGAGAGGGCGCGCCUACCGAGCUGAGGCUCAUGCAGUAUCGAUACAACCAACAGAGCCGAACACCGGUAUGGAGACGAAUGGCCUACGGCGCAUUACCAGCUCAGUACCAAGAUGGGAAGCCUGUCGGUGGCAUUCCUGGACUUGAUGCGUGGGCAGGCUUGGAUAUCCCCGUCUUUCUCAUCGGCGGCGAAAAUGAUAAUGUCACGUCGCCCAAGGAGAUUGACAGGAUUGUAGGCGCAUUUCACGCGAUGGAUGAUGCUGUGGUGUCGGAUGGGACUGAGCAAGCAGCGGAUGCUUCAGGUCCAGAUUCGCCCGAGUCUCUGAACGGUUCAACACAGCUCGAUGCUACUUCCAACGGCAACCGCUUGAUUGCAGAAGACGCUGACGACACCGACUAUGGCGAGAGCGAUGUCAAUAGCCCCUCAACACCCGUCGAAUAUCCGCCAGACUUGCCGCCUCAGUCGCAGCACCCCAUGAGAGCCGUGCGGUCCAUCGUCCUCACUGGGUCGGCAAACCACACGCUCCUCUACUCCCCGCGUACUGUCCGAGCCCUCGCCGGCCUUGUGUCGGACUUCCUCGCUGAACACAUCACCCAGCGCCUUUCCCUCGCCUGGCAGCUCCAGCACCUCUCGCGUGAGGGCAAGUGGGACGUCAAGAACCUCAUCAAGUGGCAGGGUGUAAAGCCCGUCUCCGAACCCAUCGGGCCCAGCGGAAAGCCCGUCUUCCGUGUUAUCAAGACGCUCCGCGAAGUAGACGACGUGCACUGCCCUACGGCCCUUGCCGACAACUGGGGCCACGUUAUCAAGGAUGUCAUUGACAUCUCCAAAGACCAGCCCGUUUACGACCCGCGCGGCCUUGAGCGUCGCGGAAUCCAUUACCACAAGUUCCCCACAGUGUCGAAAAUCCCACCCGAUGGAGACACCGUCGACCUCUUCAUCAAGCUGGUCGAUUCAGUCCGCGAGGCGCAGCGCGAACGUGCCGUAGCGGAGGGGUGGGCCGAUCCAGAGCAGUGCGUCGUGGGCGUCCAUUGCCAUUACGGGUACAACAGGUCCGGGUACUUUGUCGUGUGCUAUUUGGUCGAGAGGUGCGGGUUUGCGCUGGCGGAUGCGAUUGAGGCGUUUAAGACGGCGAGACCGAAUGGGAUUCGGCAUUCGCACUUUUUGGAUAAGUUGUAUAUGCGGUAUAAUCUCGAGGAGAGGGCCGUUGAGAGUUGAGCCUUUUCCUUGUCCUUUUUUUUUUGUUUUGUUUUCGGGGUUGGAUUUUUUUUUUCUUUUUGGGAUGCUUGAGAGAAGAUUUUGCAUGGGCUAUGAUGGGAUGGAAUAGAUGGAAUAGGUUAUAUGAUUAACAAACGGGAUAACGGU